UAUCAUCCUGUUUAGCACUUUUCAGGUCGUUGAAAGACCUUCCAACGGCCGUUGAUAAUCUUGCUGAGUGCGCAUGGCUCACAAUGUCGUUCAGAGGGCAGUCUGACGACGUUGCUGAUGGCCAUGAUAUGCAAAUUAUUGCUUCGUGAGAAUGUUGUCUAUUGUGAAUCGGCGGGCCGUGAAGUGAGAUUCGUUUGGGUGCGAUCGCAACGUGCUUGAAUGAACCGUUUGGCGUUUGAGGAAUGCCCACGGUCAGUGUUUCGGUGCGCAGUACAUUUUGGAUUUUCCGAACCCUAUAGUGCGAUUUCAAUUUCAGUUCUCUCAAUCAAGACAUGGAUAUCACGUACGAUAUAGUGGAGGAGAAACCCGACGCCUACGAAGGCGUAGAAACCCAGGCAAGUCCCGCAUUUAAAGGGCUCUGUGUGGCGUUCAAGAUCUCGGCCAAGUAUUUUGAAGACAUGAUUAAAGACGGCUGGGAAGAUGUGGACCAGUUGUUAGGUCUAGAUAGGGCGUGGUCAGACCACAUUUUGGCCCUUGCCCCUAAUGGAGGUCAGCGGCGAAAUUUUGAGCGACUGAUGGCACGUGUGGAGGCGGGCCCACUGGCCGAACAGGCGGUCGGAAGGCUUUCCAAGCAGCAGAAACGCCAACAGCAGGGAGAGCAGAACAAGGCGGCUGACGCGCUGCCAGCGAAAGAUGCAGGUGCCGCAACAUGUCCUGGUCCCAGUGAUGCAACGGAUGACGCUGUCGAUCAGAAGACGACUCCUAGCCCGGUGCCACAGGCGAAAUCCGCUUUUGAGGUCCACAAGCCAAGGCGACUGGAGCUUUUGAAGGCCUGCGCGGAGACUGGCUAUGACCGCAAUGUAGCAUACGUGAUGUCACUACUAAGGAAGUACGUGGAUGAGUUUGCACCACUGUCCUCCGACGACAUUAAAGAGAAACAGAUGUACGUGAAUCUACUCACCGAGUGCACGAAACAUGUAGAAGCUAAGGUACAGGGUAUCGCCAUGUAUAUCUACAAGUCGAUUACGGGCGAGGAUUCCGACAAGCGUUUGCGAUUCGCUCGCAAGCAUUUAGGUUUGGCCGCUCCUCCUGCCGAUAAUAAAGCGCGGGUGGGGCCACAAGGUGGCGUUGCCAGGCCAUGGCGGCAGAGCUUUCGGCCCCGAUGGAAUCCACAGCAAGGUCAACGUGGCUGGGGUUUUCGCAGUAGUUUAGGGGCAGCUAAGCAGGCAGGUGCGUGCUUUCGCUGCCAAAAGCGGGGACACAUGGCCCGCGACUGCAAAGAGAUUUUGUAGGAAAUGCCGAGGGCGAGGCGAGUGCAGAUGGUCAGGGUUAAUGACAAUAUCAAGUUUACUGAGGAUUAAUUGAAAAUAAAUGCUGGCAGAUGCAGCACGUGGACAUUUUGAUGGUCAGUGAUGGGUGCUAUACCACUUGAUGGUUAAAG